ACAUUCACACACUUUUAAAUGCCAAUCAGCCUACCAUGCAUGUCUUUGGACAGGGGAAGGAAACCAGAGCACACGGAGGAAACCCCUGCAGCAUGGGGAGAACAUGCAAACUCUGAACACACAGGGCCGUGGUGGGAAUCGUGGCAAUGUGAGGCGAACCUCUAAGCCACCGUUGUUAUUAUUAUUAUUAUUAUUAUUAUUAUUAUUAUUAUGUUAACUCUACCCUUUUACAUUAAAUCAAUAGAAAACAAGUAACAACAAGCUGUAGUUAAUUGAGCAUAUUUUUCGUUGGUUGCAGUACAUUACAAAAUAGCUCUCUGGGAUCAAUUGAUAUACUUUUUUUUUUUUUUUUUUUUUUGGUGAAUAAACGAAUCUACGACCUUGGAUAAAAGACUGACUCCACGCUAAAAUUGUGUAUAACGUAUAAUUCAAGCGACGUGUGAUCUGAUAUAUAUAUCAUAUUCACAAACAUUACACGGAAGUGAGUACAUAAAGCUCGGCGAAUCUGCGACACUUGUACACAUGCUUCAUUGACACGUCAUUUAAAACUUCGAAGACGGAAACGUUCAUCACGAAGGCUAAGGUUGCUGAUCUCUUUUCUGCAGAGAGAUACCCGGGGUAUUUAGUUUUAAAAUGGGGGGUUUCUUCUCCAGCUUGUUUUCGGGUCUCUUUGGCACAAGAGAGAUGAGAAUUCUUAUCUUGGGUUUGGAUGGUGCUGGAAAGACUACAAUCCUCUACAGGCUGCAAGUUGGAGAAGUCGUCACGACCAUCCCCACUAUUGGUUUCAACGUUGAAACAGUGACUUACAAGAACCUGAAGUUCCAGGUAUGGGAUCUCGGUGGACAGACAAGCAUCAGGCCGUACUGGCGCUGCUAUUAUUCCAACACUGAUGCUGUGAUCUACGUUGUGGACAGCAGUGACCGUGACAGGAUGGGUAUUUCAAAGUCUGAGCUGGUGGCUAUGUUGGAGGAGGAAGAACUGAAGAAAGCCAUCCUAGUUGUGUUUGCCAACAAACAGGAUAUGGAGCAAGCCAUGACACCCACUGAGGUGGCCAAUUCCCUGGGGUUACCCGCACUCAAAGACAGGAAGUGGCAGAUAUUCAAAACAUCUGCCACUAAAGGAACAGGCCUGGAUGAGGCCAUGGAAUGGUUGGUGGAGUCUCUGAAGAGCCGACAGUAAUUGCACUUGCACCACUCCCUGUAAAUACUUCUGCGUUUUCAGACUUCGUGUUGAAAGACUUUGGGGGGCCCAUUGGACCAGUGACUGCAUUCCCCUUUCCCCUUUAUGUGAAGGCAUUUUUCUUGUACCCUGUAAAAUGAAGCUGCAGUUUAUAGAACAUCUGGGCAUCAGUACAGCAAACUGAAUUUCCACUGGCUCCCAGUUCAUAUGGACUCUGUACAUGAGCUGUAAGAAGCACAGCGGUCCUAUAGUUGUGCUGAUUCAUCCAUACUGAUGCCAGUUAGACCUGUUCUUCCUGUAAGUCAUAUCCACUACAUUGGAGUAUCAUAAUCAUAGUCCAUCCCCCUUUAAGCUUGGUACCAGACUGUUGACAGUUGGUCCUUAUUCUUCUUUCUUCUUCAAACACUUAAUCAGUUCUGCGGCUUCAGUAUCUAAUUACGCUUGGGUAUUUUAGUGGGUUGAUUAUUUAAAGCUAAUUGUUGUUUGUAUCCAGUGGAUUUGUCACUGCGUAUUUAUAUACAAGCAUGUACAUGGAUGAUACUGUUGGUUGUGUUAACACUGAAAUAAAUCUUCUCAACAAUAGUUUUUUACCACACUGGAGAGGUGAAAUUAUCACAUCAUGCCCAACAUUUUUUGGGUAAUGCAGUGGAAUCACAUUAGUUGUCAAGUUAAUUGCUAAUGAUUAAUCAAAAACAUAAACUCAUGAAUCAUACUAAUUGUUGUGUGUACACGCCUUCAUUUCCUUAUUUAAUACUUCAAAUAUUUUCAGUUCACUUGUAAUAUCUCUGCAGCCUAGCAGAUACGUAAAGGUUAGGUUAGAUAAUUUAUAGAGGGUUAGGGUAAUUUAGUUACCCUAGGAUCUAAUGUUUAACAAGUAUAGUUGUGUGUGGUGUUCCAUUGAAAAGUCGAGAGAUACAUUGGGAAGACUUCAGUCAGUCCUUCUCAUCUCAUUGCUAUACCAUUCUGAGCCACGAAGGGGGCAAGGACCUAGAGGACUAAUCACUUGCUCAUCAAAUAGUUCAAAUUUCCCACUUGCAAAGUCACAUUAAAAAGUAUUUGGUGUUUAGAGGUA